AUGCCAGUGAGUCUGGAGGGUCCGGCAUGCCUUGGGGGCGCGAAAGGCAGCCUGGGAGCUGUAGUUCUGGAGGCCUACCCACUUUGCCGGCGCCGCGGUGGCGGCUCUCUUGGCUUUAGCCAGCUGCACUGUGAGGGCGGACUGAGGCGGAAAAGGCGCCAGCGAGAGGAGGGUAAGGAGGAGCCAGAGCUGGGUUCUGGCCCCGUUCUCGCCUCUAAAAGCCCGCCGCCAUCGCCACCAUGCAGUCCCGGGAAGAAGCUCCACGCUCUCGCCGCCUCGCCAGUCCCCGUGGAGGGAGGCGUCCCAAGAGGAUUCACAAGCCUACGGACACGGCCCAUUCUGCAGCUUUGCUGGCACAGUUCAGGUCCUUCUACGACGCCCGUAUCGCUAAGUGAAGCCAAUGUCCAGCGCCUUUACGCGGCCUCUGACAUGCUACAGCUCGAGUACGUACGGGAAGCCUGUGCCUCCUUCCUAGCCCGCCGCCUUGAUCUGGCCAACUGCACUGCUAUCCUCAAGUUCGCUGACGCCUUCGACCACCACAAGCUGCGGUCACAGGCUCAGUCCUUCAUAGCCCACAACUUCAAGCAGCUCAGCCGCAUGGGUUCAGUUCGGGAGGAGACUCUGGCAGAUCUGACCCUGGCCCAGCUGCUGGCAGUCCUGCGCCUGGAUAGUCUCGAUAUCGAGAGCGAGCGGACAGUGUGUCACGUGGCUGUGCAGUGGUUGGAGGCCACCCCCAAGGAGCGGGGUCCCAGUGCAGCAGAAGUCUUCAAGUGUGUCCGCUGGGCGCACUUCACUGAUGAAGAUCGAGAUUACCUGGAAGGGCUGCUGACCAAGCCCAUUGUGAAGAAGCACUGCCUGGACCUUAUUGAGGGUGCCCUGCAAAUGCGAUAUGGUGACAUGUUACACAAGUCUCCGGCGCCAAAGCCAGAGAGCAGCAGCGGCUCUGUUGUUCCUGCAGCAGAAAACCCGCCCCAGAGGCUGGGUAUGUGUGCCAAGGAGAUGGUGAUCUUCUUUGGGCAUCCCAGAGAUCCCUUUCUCUGCUAUGACCCAUACUCAGGCGACAUCUACACAAUGCCAUCACCUUUGACCAGCCUGGCUCACACAAAGGCUAUCACUUCCUCAGCUGUCUGUCUCUCUCCAGACCAUGACAUCUAUCUAGCUGCCCAGCCCAGGAAAGACCUCUGGGUGUAUAAAGCAGCCCAGAAUAGUUGGCAGCAGCUUGCAGAUCGCUUGUUCUGCCGUGAGGGCAUGGAUGUGGCAUACCUCAAUGGCUACAUUUACAUUUUGGGUGGGCAAGACCCUAUUACCAGAAUGAAGUGGAAGGAAGUGGAAUGCUACAGCAUUCAGAGAAACCAGUGGGUACUGGUGGCUCCACUACCCCAUUUUUUAAAAUAUCCUUUGACCUAACGGUAACUCAGAACUAUCUUUAUACUCUCAACAGUAAGGGCAUGUUCUGCUAUGAUGCUAGCCACAAUAUGUAGCUGAAGUGUGUUUCUCUUAAGUGCAAUGACUUUCAGGAAGCCUGUGUCUUCAAUGAUGAGGUCUGUUGUAUCUGUGACAUCCCAGUCAUGAAGGUUUACAAUCCAGUCAGAGGAGAAUGGAGGCAGAUUAAUAAUAUUCCCUUGGUGUCAGAGACAAACAACUGCCAGAUUAUCAACCAUGGGCAAAAAUUGUUUCUGAUCACCCCACGUACCCCGCAAUGGAAGAAGAACCAAGGGACUGUGUGAAUAUGACAGGACAGGAGACCAGUAGAUUAAUAUAGGUACCACAUUAGGCCUGUCCCAGUCUGAUUCUAACUUGCCUCUCAGCCAGAGUUUAUCCUUCCUGCCUUGAACCUGGUCAGAGUUUCCUCACUGAGGAAGAUGGUAUACCCAGUGAAUCUAGUACUGAACGAGAUUUAGGUGGAUUUAGUUAACUAGACUCUGAGUCAGGGAGUUAAGUUCUUUCUCUGAUGAUGAUUUGUGGGUUCAGGUAGCCCCUCAGUGAAAUGCACAGAUCAGCAGGGUUUGUUUUAUGUAGGUUAAAACACUUGAAACACUAAGUUAUUUUUACUGCUUUGGAAAGUAUCUUAAAAGAGAAACUCUUUUCCUUUGCUGGAAUAAUAAAAAGCUGAUCAAUUUCACGUUUGCUUUCAAAAGGGUAUUGUUUGAAAUAGUAAUGUAAUUUAAUGUUAGGAUUUAAACACUCAAAUCAACUUAUUUAAUAAUUUACUGUUCUGAAAGUCCAGUAUUGAUUUGAUUGUUAAAUAUGUUUGAUUAUACCAAUUAAUCUUCUAUUAUUAAGUCUUAUAUUCUGUUCAGUGCCAUAAGUACUGUAAAUUGAAUUUUCAUUUUUAAAAUAGAAAACAGGUUGGAUAGGAAUUACUAGAUAGGGCUUUGAAAGAAUAAAUUUUCCUUCAGAACAGGGUAGCAGCUUUCCAAAACUUUUAGCUGGUGGGUUUUUACAAAAUGUGUUCUACUUUAAAUAUAAUUUGCUAAGUUUUAGUUUAGUUUCCUACCCUUUUGUAAAGGAAAAAAAUACAUAUAUGUUUAGUGUGACUGAAUGGUGAUUCUCUUUUGCAAUAAUACAUACAGAGAGAAAGGCUUGUAUGCUCAUUAAAAGUAGAAACAAAAAAAAAAAAAACCAGGAUUCUACUGUUUGAAAUGAAAUUUCAGUUUUAAAUUUGUAUUAUAAAAUGGGUUUUCACAAAUAGUGCCAAUUUUCCAUCUAAAAAAUUCCAUUAUAGUAGUGUCAUCUAUCCAAAAACCUUUUUUUUGAAAAAGUAACUUACUUUAUAGGUUCAUAUUCUUUAUCUGUACUUGAUACAUGCUUCAUUGAACUAGAACAAUCUCCCCCCCUCAACCCCCACCCCCACUGGAAAUGAUUAUGUAUAUUUGUAUGUAUUGCCUUCAAAAUUUCAGGUGAUUGUUAAAAUAUUUUGGCUGAACGAUUUGGUGUUCAUAUUAGAAGAUGUAUCAACAAGAUGUGAUUAUUCUUUACUGUUCUGUGAAGUUUUGAAAAUACAUAUAAGCUAAGAACGGUAUUUCAUUGAGAUCAGUAGUUAUUGCGUCCAUCAACUAACAAAACCAAGUGCCAGCAAAGAAGUUUAAAACUUUAGGUUGUGUGUAGAAAUGUUUUGUGUAGCAUUGAAAUAUUCUGUCAGUUUUAUAAGUCACUAAAUAUUAUUAUCAGCUUAAAGGUAUUUUUGUAUUAGAGUUUAAAGUUAAAUAACAUAAGUGGAUGAUGGCAUUUGGGGCCUGUAGUGAAAGUAUAUUUAGUCUAAAAUAUUUCCCUAAGCAAUGGUAUAUAUGUUAUUUUAUUAUGUUGUUUUUAUCUGGUCUAUGUUUCUCUGUGAACUAUGCUCCAGUCUUUGUUUCUUUCUGUCACUGUCACUGUAUGUGAAGAGAAGCACAGAGAGACUAAAUCAUACAAAACUGACAUUGUUAAAUGCAAGAAACUCUUAAAGACUCUUAAGUGUUUACUAGAUAGUUUGUGAUGGUACAUAUGCAUAAUAAAUGACCAGAUGCUUAGGGGGUAUACAUUUUAUCCAGUUAGAAUUAUCUUCCUGAAUCUUCAUUCAAUAACAUGCUAAUUCCUCUUUUGUGUUUAUUCUCUAAUGACAGAAUGCUAGCAUUUCUUACACUCUGGCAGAGUACAGAGGAUUUUGCUAUCAUAUAGGGAGCUGAAUUUUUUAAUGAAAUACCGUAGGAUGAAAAUGGAGAGGGGAGGAUACGAAAGGUUAAAAGCAAGUCUUCUUAGCUGUUUUGACUGGCAUUUUGGAAGAUUCUGCCAAACAUUCCUAUUUAACAUUUUUGUGAAAUAAGAUGCUUUUCCUAGCCGUAUGUGUUCCUUCAAAAUGGCAAACAUGCUUUAAUGGCCUAAAGCUAAACUUUGCUCCAUUUAAUACCAGGGUUGUUAUAAGUACUGUACUGAACACAGAGCUAUUUCUCAACUGUGUUAUUUUUUAAUUUUUUCUUCACAAGUGACUUCUUUGUUGAUAGCUUUUUGUUUUGUCAGGUUGGGAUACGAAAAUGCUUGAUCCCAAGCAGAAUAUCCAUCUGCAGAGUUAAGGUAUACAACUGCUUUAUAAGAUGGUUUUCCAAUUUGUUAUUUUUAUCUUUUGAGUUAAAGCCUUAAGCUAAAUAGGAGUAAUAUCUUGGUUUACAAAGAGGUUUUCUUGGGGAGAAUUUUGGUUUCAUGAUGUUUUUGUGAAUUAGGAAAUUGAUGUAAACCAUUAUUUUAUAGAUAAGUGAUUUGUAUGUGAGUAGUAACAAAUAAAGCCAUACUAGAACCCAGA